AAUCUUAAUUCAAGGAGAAUUCACAAGCCAAAUCACAUACCUCUCACACCUUUCUUACAUCCCUAUUAAUUUAUUCCCAAUAUAAAUAAAUAAAUAAAUCCCUUUUCCCUCCAUCAACAAAAUAUAAAACAAAAAAAAAACACAAAAAAAAAACCCAAACUUCUAUAAAUUUCAAUCAUCCAAAACUCUAAACUCAAUAAAAAAACUUUCUACUUUCUCUCUCUAGAAAUUUUUUGUUUUCCCCUGUUUUUUUUCUGUUCAUCAAUGGCUACUUCUGCAACUCCAUUGCUGAAAGAUGAGCUUGAUAUUGUGAUACCCACAAUUAGAAACCUUGAUUUUCUUGAAAUGUGGAGGCCAUUUUUUGAACCAUAUCAUUUGAUCAUUGUACAAGAUGGUGAUCCUACAAAAAAAAUUAGGGUUCCUCAAGGAUUUGAUUAUGAACUUUAUAAUAGAGAUGAUAUUAAUAGAAUUUUGGGUCCUAAAUCUAAUUGUAUUUCUUUCAAAGAUUCUGCUUGCCGUUGUUUUGGUUAUAUGGUUUCCAAGAAGAAGUAUAUUUACACCAUUGAUGAUGAUUGUUUCGUUGCCAAGGACCCAUCCGGCCAUGACAUUAACGCGCUAGAUCAGCACAUCAAGAACCUUUUGAGCCCUUCAACACCUUUCUUCUUCAACACAUUGUACGAUCCUUUUCGUGAUGGUGCUGAUUUUGUUCGGGGAUACCCCUUUAGCUUGCGCGAGGGUGUUCCAACUGCUGUUUCUCAUGGUUUGUGGCUUAAUAUCCCUGAUUAUGAUGCACCAACUCAGCUUGUCAAACCCCUCGAGAGGAACAAAAGGUAUGUGGAUGCAGUUUUGACUAUCCCAAAGGGUACAUUGUUCCCCAUGUGUGGUAUGAACUUGGCUUUCGAUCGUGAGCUUAUCGGACCUGCCAUGUACUUCGGUCUCAUGGGCGAUGGUCAGCCCAUUGGACGUUACGAUGAUAUGUGGGCUGGAUGGUGUGUCAAGGUCAUUUGUGAUCACUUGGGAUUAGGAGUGAAAACCGGUCUCCCCUACAUCUUUCACAGCAAGGCUAGCAACCCUUUCACAAACUUAAGGAAAGAAUACAAAGGCAUUUUUUGGCAAGAAGAGAUCAUCCCAUUCUUCCAAUCUGCUGUCAUUCCACAAGAGUGCACCACAGUUCAACAAUGCUACAAAGAGCUCUCCAAGCAAGUCAAAGAUAAGCUAGCGAAAAUCGAUCCUUACUUCGACCAGCUUGCGGAUGCCAUGAUCACAUGGAUCGAUGCAUGGGACGAGCUCAACCCACCUAGCUCCAAGUUGCCUAACGGCAACGCCAAGUAGAUUUGAUCAAUAACAUUUUUAUGUUCAAUUCAGAUUUUUUUUAUGUCAUAUGAAGUAUUGAGGUUACUAAUAGGCUCACAUUCUACAUUUACAUCUUCAAAAUUUCAGGAAUCAUAAUUUGUUAUUUACUUUAAACCUUGUGGGGCCAUGAGCUUUAGAACAAUAAAUUUUAGUUUCUAUC